AUGACUUAUUCUGACAAGGACAGUAUGGACGAUCUGAAUUUACCGACCGUGAUCCCCGUCGAUGAAAACUAUGGCCGGUUUUCUGUCCUCGAGGAAGAGGAUCGAGAUGCCAGCUCUGCCUAUUCCGUCGCCUCUUCUGCGUAUAACUUCCGGAUGGAAAAUGGUCGCCGGUACCACGACUAUAGAGACGGACACCCCUUUCCUCAUGACGAGGUCUCGGAAGAGAAUGAAAUCACCAUGCAUGAGAUGUGCCUGCUCAUUCUCGACAACAAAUAUUAUGUGUCGCCCAUAGAAGAGCCUACUCUUCGCGCUGUUGCCGAUAUAGGAACGGGACGCGGUUACUGGGCCGAGGGGUUGGCGGACAAGUGCCCCGAUGCUCAGGUGGUGGGCAUGGACCUUACACCACACUCUCGAAACAUCCUUCCAAACUGCUCUUACAUGAUUGCAGACGCGACAGAAGAGUGGGUUCUCGACGAUCCCACCAUGAAGUUUGAUCUGGUCCAUAUUCGGUCUCUAUUUGGCGGAGUCAAGGACUGGCACGCCUUAUACAAGAAUUGCUUUGAUAACCUGAGGUCGGGAGGUUGGAUCGAACAGAUGGAGGUCGAAAUCGACGCGCAAACCUUGGACUCGGACACUCCACCGGAUAGUAACAUCAAAGCACUUUGCGAAUACACGAGAAGUCACCUGUCUGUUGCCGCCGGACGAGAUUUCGACAUCUCCUUCAGCAUGAAAAAGAUGAUUGAGGACGCCGGCUUCGUCGAUGUACAAGAAAAGAGAAUCAACUUGCCACUCGGACCGUGGUCAUCGGAUUCGAAGAUGAAAGACAUUGGAAGAUUCUACGAACGAUUCUACAAGACGGGUUUGCAAGGCUGGUUGCUACAAGUCUGUACCCGGGAAUUGAACUGGUCGGUUGAUCAAGUCAAUGCCGCUUGUAUCAAAGCCUUCAGAGAAAUCAAUGAACGCAAGCAGCACUGGUACUAUCCUCUAGUCAUCGUUAUUGGACGAAAACCUUGA